CGAACCCUGCGACAAUGAGCUCGAACCUGCGGGUCUGAAGGAGGGGACCGCAGAUCCAUGCUGGGGUUUGUCCGACACGAUGCGGCGGAACCGGACCUCCACCCUCUGAGCUCUGUGAUGUUGGUUUGGGGGGACAGAGGUGCCCGAUGAGUCCGUCUGCCAUCGUCAGGAAGCAUAACGAGAGCUCAACCCACAGGUUCAGGCGGGACCCCUCCCAGACUACAAUGCACAGCCGCACAAUGACUCGGCCAAACAGGCGGAGCCGGCACAGACCGAAGCACAAGCCAAGGGUAAUGGUUACCACACACAACAUGCUUCCCCAGGGCCCCGCGGUCCUGCCGCCUCCAUGGAGGCACUGUCACCUUUCUUCAAGAAGAAGGCGCACAUCCUGGAGGUCCUGCGCAAGAUGGAGGAGACGGACCCCCUGAAGUUUCACCCGUCCACCACCAGCUUGUCUUUCUGCGACUACAGCCAGGUGCUGAUGUCAACGGAGGCCGUGUUGGCCACCGCUGACCCUGUCCCUCUCCAGUGCAAAGCCCACCACACACACUGUCACUGCUCCUGCUCCGACACGGACUCGCACCAGCAGCUGAACGGUGACGGGGCGGGGAAGUGCGAGGCGGGCAACACGUGUUGUUUACACUGCAAAAAGGGCCCAGGAAGUCCUCUGAAGCCAUGCAACCAUAUCUGCAGCCCUUCAAAGACCACCUCCACCGCUCCGAGCCAUGUCCGUGCAGCUGCUACAGGUGAAGGUCACAGUAAGACCAGAGCAGGAGAGUCCGGACCCCCGACCGCGCAGUGCACCAUGACUGAAGCUGGUGUUUCAGGUGUUCCAGCAGUGACAACAGCAGAAGUUGUGGGAGCAGAGCAGGUGGACUCUGAGAUCCCCGCAGUCUCUGAGGAGCUGACCGGUUUCUCUGUGUCCUCUCCUCCGUCCAGCUCUGUGCAGGAAGCCCACCGGUGUGACUCGGGUACGAGUGACGGUGUUCACAACGGCGUGGCGCACUCGUCGAGCGCCUCACUCAGCGACCCCCCGGCCGUCCCCGAUGAAGACGGCGCGGACCAGGAGGAGUCCUCGGUGCGAGCCGGUGCGUCCGUUAGCCCCAGCCCCUCCUGCCUCAGUGACGUCAAAGCUGCCGCCAUCAGCUCCCCGUCCAAGCUGCUCAAGUUCCUGAAGAUCCCCACGAUUGGAGAGAAGAGCCAGGCUUCCAGCUCUGCCGUCCGGCUGAGCCCGCAGCUCACGCGCAAUUCCAGGAUCCCUUGUCGCACCAACAACUACGAGGUGUACCACUCUCCCGUUCCCACGCGCAGGGCCACCACCACUGAGCGGUGCAGGCAGCCCCCUCCCCCACCCUCCAGGUCUGAGUCCUACCCCGCCACACACUCUGCUCCCACCUCCCCCCCACAGCCCGAAGACCCCUAUUCCUCUCCCGCUAAGGAAAUAAGCUACAGCAGCCUCUCGGCACCAAAACCCAAUGCUGCCUCAAAGAUGGGGCUUCCCUCUGCUGCGUCUCUGAGCUCACCCCGAGGGUCUCAGAGCGUCCCGCAUUAUGAGAAUCUCCUGGACAUGUCCAACUCCAGAGAGGACGAACAGUCCCAGGGUCCUGAGAAAAGAAGCACGAUUCCAACUCAAGCAAAGGCAAACGGUGRUGAGAGGAAGCUCGUUAAAUCUUUACCAGAAAGUGUCCUCAGUCCCUCGCCUCAAAGAACGCAGUCCUCCUCGUCCAGCUCCGAGUCUACAUCCGAUGAUGAUGAGGAUUCUGAUAGUCCAGUCUGGGUCAAUCAUCACAGUCUGCCGAACUCCGCCGCCCUGAGCAAAACUCAGAGCAAAAUUAGUUACUCCAGAAACAGAGACAACCCAGAGACGGGCGUGAGGGACGCCGGUGCGCCGACCUGCGAGGCCCUCCAGCCUCCACCCGCUGCUCGGAGGACCGACCAGUCCUCCAUCCCUAAGAGGCCCACAGGUGGAGCAGGCAGAGCUCAGGCCGACUCCAGUCACCAUGCUUUUAAAGACCGACUGGCAGCGCUGGGCAAGCUGAGGAGCUCUGAGGACCUACAAGUCGGCCUCAGGCCUGUCAACACGCUCAGUGAGUCUGCUCCUGGAGAGGACAAGAGCAAGACCGCAGACAGGUCCACGGAGAUCCUUAAAGAGGAGCAGAAACUUUCAAAACACACGGACUCUUUGGAUGGAAAACCAAAAGGUAGCAGUGUUGGUCUGAAGUACCCAGGUCUGUAUGAGCAGACCGUAAAACCUCCAUCUUCUGGUCCAGGUCCAGUUAAACAGGAUCUGUGUGUGGCCAAGCCAGAGGUCUCCAAGAGCAAAAUAGGUUUGCCGUCCCCCAGCACCGAUGCUCCUCAGGUGCUCCGCAGCAACAUCAAGUGUCCAGGAUCUCUGAACCUGGCCUACAACGUUAAAACCAGCGCCGGUCCUCAGAGUAGCAACAGYCCCAACAAAAUCCCCCCAAAGUCUCCGUCAAAACCCUUUCCCUCCGCACACAGAGGGGGGAAGCCCUCAGAGGGUCCUCGGUACUCAUCCAAGUCAGAGGAGAGGACCAAGAUCAGUGGGAAAGGGAAGAAGAAUCCGAUGUAUGGAGACAGCCUCCCCCCUCCUCCUCCGAGACCACCGACCUCUGAGGGGGAGAAGUCCUUCCAGCCCGUUCCCAGUCCGCAGUCUGCCAUUGAGCAGAAGGUGAUGAAGGGCAUCGAGGAGAACGUGCUGAAGCUUCAGGAGCAGGACAAAGUGGGGCAGGGGGGCGAGGUCAAGCAGAAAGCCUCCAAUGGAAUCGCCAGCUGGUUCGGUCUGAAGAAGAGCAAACUGCCCGCGCUGAGCCGCAAGACCGAGGCCGGCAAAGCAAAGGACGAGAAGAAGGAGUGGAAGAUCAACAUCCCGUCGGUCGGCAGGGACUCGGUGAAGAUGGCCACCAGGUGCAAGGAAGGCGUGGAGGGUCUGAACAUCUCGACUCUGAUGGAGAAGGCCGAGGGUCUGAGGAGGGCCCUGGAGGAGGAGCGGGCCUACGUGGAGCGGUCGGGCCGGGGCCACUCCUGUGAGGUGGUGAUAGACCAGGCUCAGGGACAGCUAGCUGUCAUGUACAGAGGAACACGCUCCGACAACUUCAUGCAGCAGCUGCUGAACAGAGUGGAUGGGAAGGAGAUGAUCAGCGUGCCGCAGCGCCGGCUCUCCUUCGACUGUAAGACCUCCAAGCCGUUGUUCUGUCAGCAGAGCAGCGUCAUCAGUCACACCAGCAGUCAUGAAGACAUGGAGAAGGCUUCAGACAGAAUCAGUGCGAUCACAUCGGAUGAAAACCUCGCAGAUCCAGUUCAUGCUCAGCACUUUGCAGGAUCCGGUGCUUCCACAUACACCCUGGACAGCGGUAUCGGUACAUUCCCCCUUCCAGACUGCAGCAGCGGAGCAGCAGGAAGAGGCCCGUCCAAGACCAGGACCGGGGCCGAGCAUCACUCCUCAGACUCUCCGGGGAGGGCUGGAAGACGAGCCCGUACCCUGGACAGGGAGCUGCCUUCACAGGAAGAGUGCUUCUCUGCUCACAAACAGCUGAUUCCCAGCAUUCAGUACUGCUCAGUGCUGGAGGGCAGGAGCUCCGCCGCUGUCAUUCAUGAAGACAAAGAGCCCCAUGGAGCCAACAUGUUCUCUCCUCGUACCAAGACCUGGACUUUCCCCAACCUGAAAACCCCUGCAGGACCAGCGGAGGUGUACCUGGCAGUGGAGGAGGAGGAGGAGGAGGAGGAGGCUGUGGCUUUUGGAUCACCGUUCAGAGGGAACAUGAAGGCCGGUGGCCCCUCCUCCAGUCGGAUGGUGGACCCGGGAAGCCUGCCCGUGCCGGCCCAGUCGGGGCUGAGCCGUAGGGGGAAAAUGCGGACCCCCAGCGUGCCCGAGAUGAGCCGGGAGGCCGGGCUGGAGCUGCUCAGGGAGCGACCGGAGGAGGCGCUGUCCCCGAGCCGCCCCCAGGUCCUGGAGACCCCCGAGUCUCUGAGCGACUCUCUGUACGACAGCCUGUCGUCCUGCGGCAGCCAGGGCUGAGGCAGCCAAGGAGAGAGAGGACCGACGCUCCCGUCGAGACCACCGGCUCUGCUUCACUGCAGCUGACCCCUCUGCUGUUCAGCUGGAAGGACGGACUGAUCUCUUCUCCUCAGGAUUUCAAAACCCACGAAGCCAAAAGCCACUGUAAGAAUCUAGAUUGUUCACGUUUCCACAGACACGCUGAAGUGUGGACUGAGUGUACAGACUGURAGACGCAUGGCCGAGCUCCGGAUCAGCAGCUCCUCACUCCCGCUCGUUGUUUCUCUGGUUCAGUAGAUGAAGAACUGCAUCCAUCCAUCCAUCUGUUCUGUUCAGCUCACCAUAGUGUUUUCAGAAGAAAGAAGAAAAAAGUUCAUGUCUGUGUUUGCUGACUGCUUAACUCAUGCAUCACCAUGUUCCAAACGAUUUUAUUGACCAAGUUGAUAUUGUUUCACAGCCAGGAAGCGUGUCUGUUCCUGGAUCAUAACGCAUUUAAAAGGUAAUAUAUACCAGCAAUAAUAACAUAGAUGAGAGAAAUGACAUUAUUUGAUGGAUAAGUAUGUUUUUAAUUUAUUUAUUUCAAAAUGUACGUUUUUUUAUUAAUCUUUCUGUGAAAACUGCAGUCGCCUGGCUUAGUUAGAMUCUGUUUCAUCAUCUCUGCUGUUGCAAAUAGAAACUCUGUACCUACUGCCGUUUUUUCAACUUUCUAAUUAAAAGUUUUGAUUUAA